UGUGAAAAAUGAAUAGAGAAAAAUGAAAUAGAAUGGCAGAAAACCUAAACGUGAGGUUGGCGAAAAGAGAAAAGAACUAGAGCAUCCCGUGGAGAGAAGGCGGCGGCAGCGCCUGUGGGAGAUGUCAAUCCUGUGGGAGAAGAGCGCGGGUUGGCGAUGGCUGGUUCGGCGGACGCGUGACUCGAAGCCCUUCUUUUUCACGUUCGCGGCGCUGUGCGGCGUCGUCCCCGGCGUAAUCGGCUACGGCGUGAUGCAGCUCACCGGCUCCCGCAACGAGCAGCUCGAGGCCCACCUUCGCUCCACGGCCCGUCCCGAGACCACGAUGUUUACAUUUGUGACUAUUCCAUGGUCCCCGCCGACUGACGAAACACGUGGCAAGCAGAUGAUGGGGCAAGUGAACAGGGAGAGGCUGGCGGAGUUUCUCGGCGAGCUGCAACGGAAAGAGGACACGAACGACAGGUACGUGGCCGCGCUGAGGGGGGAGACCCUGACCAGGAAGCGCUACGAGCGCAUCCAGCCCUUGCCUGCCGCCAACGCGCAAGCGAGCCAGGAGACUGCCGGAGCCAGCGCGGAGGAGGAGAGGCCCAAGGCAAAGUGAGUCAUCAGCGAGACGUGCCUCAGUCAAUUUUUACUUGCUGGACAUACGCAUGCUUCGGCAUAAUGUAAGCAGUCAGCGCCUGUGAAACGUCAUUGCGCUUGGGGUAUUUGACUCCCUUUUGUUUUAAACGCUGCUGAUGUAAAUCUUUUGUGCAUUUCCCGUGAGAAGGCGUAUUCCGACAGACCGUACAAAAGCUGAUGAUGAGCAUCA